AUGGAAAAAUCGAGUACCUCGAAAAGCUCAAAGCCUGCACCUAAGGAAGAAAGUUUGUUUACAAUUAAAAAGUGGAAUGCCGUGGCGUUGUGGUCAUGGGAUGUUACUUGCGAUACAUGUGCUAUUUGCAAAUUACUGUUAGUAGAUGCAUGCAUGAAGUGCCAAAACGAAAUUAAAACAGAAGAUUGUGUCGUUGUUUGGGGUGAAUGCAAUCAUUCCUUUCAUCGAUGCUGUAUUGCCUCCUGGUUAAAUAAAAGCAACCGUUGUCCGUUAUGUCAACGUGAAUGGAUUGUCCAAAGAAUUGGUCGAUGA